CCAGAAUUAGGCACCGAAUAUGGUCCGGCCUCCACAACGGAAUGGAUGAUCGGAGAAACGGCGGCUAUGGCGGCGACAGCAGCAGCGGCGAGGAAGAUGGCGACGCCCAAUGGAGAGCCGCCAUCGAUUCCGUUGCUACUUCAUCUGUGUUCAUCUCGUCUUUAACUAAUGGUGUUCCUCUUACUUCAACGACCGCCGCUUCAAUCUCGAACGAUGAUUCUGAGCUUAAUCUCGCUGCUCUGCCGCCCAAGCAAUAUCAGAUCAAGGCACGGAAGGUGUUGGAGAAUAUUUUAGAAACUACUUUAGAGGUGGUAGAACAUCCCAUUUCUGUCCCUUCUGAUGAUUCCAAGGCCUGUGUAGGUGGAAUUCGUUUGUUUAAAAAUGCUCCCAUUGGGGUUGUGUUUGAUCACGUGGAUGAGCUCGAACGUCCCACAAAGAGACCGAAAAUUAUCCCCGGGAAAGAAAUCAACGAGAAAUCGAAGAAGUUCAAGCAACGGCUCCAAUCCGUGGCCGUUGAUGGAAGAGACAUAAUCGCUAGUGCGAAACGUGCAUGUGAGAAAUCAGUUGUGAGGCUUGAAGCUAGAGAAGCAGCAGCCAAAGCAGCUGCCAAAAGAGAGGAGGAAAGGGUAGCAGAGCUGAAAAAGGUAAGAGGAGAAAAAUGGUUACCAUCUAUUGCUAGGGAAAUGAAGUUACAUUCUAAACAUUAGAUUUUGGAAACCAAUUCUUAGACUUUUUUGUGGAGAUGCUGUUUUAUAUGUUUGCAGUAUGCAGCAUCUCAGUCUGAGUUCAUAAUUGUUUUUUUCUUCCCUAGAAAACUCUUAUUUGGUCCUUUUUUUUAAUUUUAAUUUUAAUUUUCUGGGUUAGA